AUGGCUCAUGAGACCAGCUACAGUGCCCAGUUCAAAGGGGAGGCCAAUAAGCCAACACCAGCUGACAAUAAGUUCAUUGAGCGCAGAAGAAUACGCAGCCUCUAUAGCGAACCUUUCAAGGAAUGCCCAAAGGUGGAGAAAACUAGUGUUCUGAGUUCCAAACCAAAAAAGACCUCAGCGAGCCAUAAGCCCCUGAGGAAGUCCAAAGACAAGCAGGUCGUGUCUGGCCGGGCCUUCAAGAAAAAGAGCACAGAGGGCCCCAGUGCCACCCAACCCGACGACAAGGAGCAAAGUAAAGAGAUGAACAAUAAACUGGCUGAGGCGAAAGAGAGCCAGGUUGAUCCCACCAUUGAUUCACGUAAGAAUCGAGGUCCUAUAGCCACAGAGCCAGACAAGGAACAAGGUCUCAUGGGCCUAGGGCCUCUGAAAGAUCAAGGUCCUGUGAUCCAAGAGCCUCCAAAGGAUCAAGGCCCUACUGUUCCAGAGCCUCUGAAGGAUCAAGCUCCUGUGGUCCCAAGGCCUCUGAAGGAUCAAGCUCCUCCAGUCCCACGGCCUCUGAAGGAUCAAGCUCCUGUGGUCCCAGGGCCUCUGAAAGAUCAAGCUCCUCUGGUCCCACGGCCUCUGAAAGAUCAAGCUCCUCCGGUCCCACGGCCUCUAAAAGAUCAAGCUCCUCCGGUCCCACAGCCUGUGAAGGAUCAAGCUCCGGUGGUCCCAGGGCCUCUGAAAGAUCAAGCUCCUCCGAUCCCACGGCCUGUGAAGGAUCAAGCUCCGGUGGUCCCUGGGCCUCUAAAGGAUCAAGCUCCGGUGGUCCCCGGGCCUCUGAAAGAUCAAGCUCCUGAUCAAGAUCACAUGGUCCCUGGGCCUUUAAAGAAUGAAGGUUCUCUGAUCUCAGCACCAGUCAAGGACCAAGGCUCCUUGAUCCAGGUGCCUCUAAAGAAUCAAAGUCCUAUGGUUACAGCAAGAGUUAAGGAUCAAGGUUCCAUGGUACCAGAGACUCCGAAGGAUCAAGGUCUGAUUCCAGCACCUGUCAAGAAUCAGAGUCCUAUGGUCCCAGGACAUCUGAAGGAUCCUAGUGCCAUUGUCAUAGCACCUGUAAAGAAUGAAGGUCCUAUGCUUUCUGAGCCUAUAAAAAAACAAGGUUUAGCGGUCCCAGAGCCAGUCAAGGGUCAAGGUGGAGCAGUCCCAGAGCUUCUGAAGGAUCACGAUUCUGUAGUUGCAGCACCUGUAAAGAGUCAAGGUUCUAUGUUCCCAGAACGAGUCAAGGAUCAAGGCCCUGUAGUCCCUGAGCCUCCAAAGAAUCAAGGUCCUGUGGUCCCUGAGCCUGUGAAGAAUCCAGUUCCUAUCAUCUCGGUGCCUCUGAAAGAUCAAGAUCCUCUAGUGCCACCACCAGCCAAGGACCAAGGUCCUGUGGCCCCCGAACCUCUGAAGACUCAAGGUCCCAGGGGCCUGCAGCUGUCCACUGUUUCACCUCCACCCCCAGUCACGAUCCCAACUGUCCCCCAUGCAGAAUAUAUUGAGAGUUCUCCUUGAUACCCACCCCUUGACACCAAGGAAAGAGCUGGCAAUGAAAGUGCUCCCUCUGCAGGGCAGCAAAGUCUCACAU